GCGGUGGACUUCCUGGGGCCGCCCGUGAGGAUGUGGUGCGGGCGCCCGGGCGCCCCUCAGCCCCGGAGUCGCGGCGGCCGCCGAGCCCGCAGCUCCGCCGCCUGAGUGGCCGCGGUCGAGCUCCGGCCUCUGCCGUCCCAGGUGCGGCGGCCGCAGUCGUGACUAAGAGACCUCUUGAGAUACCUGCUCGGGUAGCCACGCCUCAGCCUCCCUCCAUAGGUUGCCAGGCGUCCCAUGAGUCCUUGCUGUUAGGUUGCCUUGUAGCCUCAUUUAACUGUGGAACCAGACCAUAUGCUUUAUUUGAAAACGCCGGAUAAAUGCUCUGACUUGGAGAAGGAGCACAGUGUCUUCUCGUGCUCUGACAGGCGGUCCAGUGGAAGUUCGUCUAUUUUGAGGGAUAGAGCAAAUGAAUGGGCCAUUCUUUCAAGAUCUUUAGAAGAGGCUCUUGAGGUUGGGGAGAAUGAAGCAGUGAAGAGGAAGCUAGGCUGCCAUGACUCCUAGCUGAGAAGUGGGCCUGAUCUUGUAUCGCGGUGGCUGAUGGUAGAUUUUAUCAUGUGGGCAUCCUGCUGCAACUGGUUAUGCUUGGAUGGACAGCCUGAGGAGGCCCCACCACCACAAGGAGCCAGGACACAAGCCUAUUCCAACCCUGGAUACAGCUCCUUUCCUUCCCCCACAGGCCCAGAACCUAGCUGCAAGGCCUGUGGGAUCCAUUUUGCAAGUACAACCGGGAAGCAGACCUGCUUGGACUGUAAGAAAAACUUCUGCAUGAUGUGUUCGAGCCAAGAAGGGAACGGGCCACGCCUCUGCCUUCUCUGCCUACGGUUCCGAGCCACAGCCUUUCAGCGGGAGGAGCUCAUGAAGAUGAAGGUGAAGGACCUGAGGGACUAUCUCAGCCUCCAUGACAUCUCUACCGAAAUGUGCCGGGAGAAAGAAGAGCUGGUGUUUUUGGUACUUGGCCAGCAGCCUGUAAUCUCUGAGGCAGACAGGACUCAUGCUCCCACCUUGUCCCAGGACUUUCCUGAGCAUCAGGCCUUCCUGACCCAGCCUCACUCCAGCACAGUACCUUCUACCUCACCCGAGCUCCCUUCUUCACCUGCACAAGCCACCUCUGCUCCCCUAGCCCAAGCUCAGGAAAAUCAGCAGGCCACUGGCCAUGUGUCUCAGGACCACGAGGAGCCCAUCUUCCUGGAGAGCACAGCCACAGUACCUCCCGAGGAUGAGACCCAGUCCAUCGACUCCGAAGACAGCUUCGUCCCAGGCCGGAGGGCUUCGCUGUCUGACCUGACCCACCUAGAAGAUAUUGAAGGCCUGACAGUGCGGCAGCUGAAGGAGAUCCUUGCUCGAAACUUUGUCAACUAUAAGGGCUGCUGUGAGAAGUGGGAACUGAUGGAGAGGGUGACUCGGCUGUACAAGGACCAGAAAGGACUCCAGCACCUGGUGUCUGCUGAUGAAGACCAAAACGGAGGAGCAGUGCCUUCUGGCCUGGAGGAGAACCUGUGUAAGAUCUGCAUGGACUCACCCAUUGACUGUGUUCUGCUGGAGUGUGGCCACAUGGUGACCUGUACCAAGUGUGGCAAACGCAUGAACGAGUGUCCUAUUUGCCGGCAGUAUGUUAUCCGAGCAGUACAUGUCUUCCGGUCCUGAGGGCUAGCAUUGGCUUCUUCAGUGCCUUACAGGAUAUAGCCCAAGGUGUCUGGGCUCAGGGUUGAUUCGAUGCAUAAGGAGUCUAAUGCGAGAUACUGGCAGCGAUCUUAAAACUAGGACAAGCAGAGGUGCUUGGCAUGCCUGUCUUGCCAUGGGCUGUACCUCUUAGGUGGCAGAGCCCAAAGCCAGGGGGAACUGGUUCAGAUCACAUGGGUGAGUGCCUGCUUCUAUGAUCAUUGGGUGGUGAUGGUAAUCAAUGAAGAGGACUUUCUAGAACUUGGACCAUGUCUUUUUCCCUUCCUGAGAACCCAAGACACAUUUCACACAUCCGAUACACCACUCCUUCUGCUUCACCAAUCAAAGAUCCUUCUGGAAAUGGUCAGAGUCGUGUUCCCCUCCCGCCCCCCAGCACGUUAGGAUUUAAAGUUCUGGACUUUGUGGCUUUCUGUGUUAACAUAUAUUUUAAGCCUGCUCAUUUGCCUAAAACUCACUUGUUUCUAUGGACCAAAACAAAGUUAAAUUAGAUCAAUAAUAUUCCUUAUAUCAGAAUUUGGGUCAGUAAACUUACCUCUAGUGAGAAAUUAAGUCUAAGUGCUAUAGAAAAAAAAUUCUAGGGUUGAGUUACUUCUGUUUAGUGUUGGAGUUGGAAAUGACCAGUCUCCUGAACUGACCCCAGCUGCUGGGAAGUCCAUAAGAGAUGCUGUAUGGGUUUGACUUUGUACCAUCCUUAGCUUUGGAUUAUAAGGAAAGAGAAAUGGAGGCAGUGGCUUUCUGUUUAUCUUUGACUUCGGAUUCUUUUUCCAGAAAGCAAAAGUCUUACAAACAAAACAAAACACACUUUAUUAGUUUCUCUUCCUUGGGUUUUAAACUUGCUUACUGAAGGCCUAUCUGCCCAUGGAGUUCCUUAGGAACAGUGUAUGAGGCACUGGAAGGUUCUGAAUGAGGUUGGACUAUACCCAUGGCUUCUGAAAAGUCUUAAUUCCACUCCCUUCUCAGCUGUUUGGGCAGGUCAGGAUGAAGCAUUCUCCCAAGUCAUGAUUCCAGCCCUCUUGGAGUCUUUUUCCCAUUGACAUAACUGAAGGGUCUGAGUAGUGUUUCCUGGACCAGCUCAACAAAGCACAAAACAUAUAUAGAACUUGGACCGUGUCCUUUUCUUUAUGUUUAUAGAUACAUAUAUGUAUGUAUAUAUCCAAAAGAGCUGUGUUCCUCUGUUUUGGAUGAACCCACAACACUAUAUCGCACCCUGGUUAACACUCCCCUGGAAGAACCAGUCAUGACUCUGGAAACAGAGGGGACACCUAAGGGGCUACUAGAAAUGCUUAGGUUUUCUCUCCAUCAUUAACCACUGAAUUUCUUCAGGGAAUUAAGUAGUUUCACGAAGUUGUCAGAGAAACCCAGGCCACUUACCUCUACAUUCUAAGUCCAGAUUUUGGGUCAAAGCCUUUCUGAGUGUCAGGGAAUCAGCUCCCUCCAUAAAGACCACCUUUCUCUCCCUCCCUUGAACAGUGAGUACUAUGGUUUACAAUGUCUUCAGUUUACCAUGGCCCACCAAUUUUGCUGCUCCUGGACUUCACUGUGAAACAGGUCUGAUUAUGCAGCUCAGUAAGACCUAACAGUAACUUCAAAGCUGGCUUUCCCUUAUGACUGCUUUCUCUUCUGAGGCCUUACCUCCCUACCUCCUAGACAGGAACAGAAAAUAAUAGACUGAUGGCCGUGGUUAGCAACCCCAGUAACAAUCAGAACUGAUGUAUUGAUG